AUGAAGCCCUUCCUGGUGGCCGCUGUCCUCAUGUGCACAGUCGCAUGGGCCUCCGCUCAGGACUUCCCAGACGACAUCGGACUGUGCGGCGAGGGCGUGUGCAUGGUGACGCCCGUCAUCAAGGACGACCAGGGCGACGCCAUCGGCGUCGGCCCCGUGAGCGCCACGGUGGCCCAGGACACCCCGGGGGGCUACCCGGCCGUCAUUGCGCUGUGUGGGAGGGGGCGGUGCAUCACCGUGCCGGUCAUGGCGGAAGGCAUGACGCAAGACGAGGCGGUCGAGGCGGAGGGCGUCGCCGCUGCCGGGGACUGGCCCGACAGCAUCGGCCUCUGCGGCCAGGGCCAGUGCAUGGUCACGCCCGUGAACAAGAACGACGCCGGGGUUGGCAUCUCCGUCGGCCCCGUGCCCUCGGACAACCUGGGCGCCGCGGGGGACUACCCGGAGUUUGUUGGACUGUGCGGCCGGGGCGUCUGCGCGGCUCUGCCGGUGGUCUCUUCGUAA